GUCAAUAACAUACCCAGCAAAAGAGGGCGACACGAAUGAAAGUGGAAUUUCUUAACAAGUUAUCUUCUAUAAACAAGAGCGAAAUUUAAUAUAAACAAGCAAUAUCUUAUCUAAGAUAAUUGGAUAAUCUUAGAAUUUUCUGUUGCAAGUCUUACAUCAGAUAAUUUCAGCUUUAGAACGGACAGUAUAACCGAGAAAUCUUCCCUAUUUUCUGAAUUAAAUAAUGUCUUUUAUUGCCAUACCUAAUGACUGUCAUUUCUCAUAUCAUAAUUUGCCUUACGGGAUAUUCUCCAGUCCAAAUAAUUUGAGACGCAGACCUGGCGUUGCAAUUGGUGAUUAUGUUCUUGACCUAAGUGCUAUCAAGCAUCUUUUUCAUGGCCCUUUACUGAGAGAUGUGCAAGAUGUCUUUACUGAGCAAACUUUGAAUCGCUUUAUGUCCUUGGGUAAGGAUUCUUGGCAUGAAGCAAGGAAGAUUUUGCAGUCUCUUCUCUCAGCAAAGAAUCCUAUUUUGAGAGAUGAUGCUAAUUUACGUUCCAAAGCACUGCUGCGUCGUGACUCAGUCACUAUGCACAUGCCUGCACAUAUUGGUGACUACAGUGAUUUUUAUUCGUCUGAAGAACAUGCUACUAAUGUUGGAAUAAUGUUUCGAAACAAAGAGAAUGCACUCAUGCCUAAUUGGAAAUAUUUGCCUGUUGGGUAUCAUGGUCGUGCAUCUUCCAUUGUUAUAUCUGGAACACCAAUUAGGAGACCAAAUGGACAGACAAGACCUGAUGACAGCAAACCUCCACAGUUUGGUCCUUGCAAAUUGAUGGAUUUUGAAUUAGAAAUGGCAUUCUUCAUUGGCACUCCUUCUAAACUUGGAAAACCAAUUAGCAUUGAUAAAGCUCAAGAUCAUAUCUUUGGAAUGGUUUUGAUGAAUGAUUGGAGUGCUAGAGACAUUCAGAAGUGGGAAUAUGUGCCUCUCGGGCCAUUUCUGGCAAAAAGUUUAGGCACCACAAUAAGUCCUUGGAUUGUUACAAUGGAAGCCUUGGAACCAUUUUUAUGUGAAAAUGUGCCUCAAGACCCAUCACCAUUGUCAUAUCUAAAGCAUUCUGAUCCUUAUAAUUUUGACAUUCAUUUAGAAGUGUCUUUAUUACCUGAAAAUGGCAAAGUACCUACUGUUAUUUCAAAAUCUAACUUCAAAUACAUGUACUGGUCUAUGAAGCAGCAGUUAACUCACCACACUAUCACUGGAUGCAACAUGAAUACUGGUGAUCUUUUAGCAUCUGGAACUAUUAGUGGAAAAUCUCCUGACUCAUAUGGAUCCAUGUUAGAGUUAUCAUGGAAAGGAACUAAAGAUAUUGUUUUAGCUGGUGGUCAAACAAGACGCUUUUUAAAAGAUGGAGAUGAAGUCAUCUUAACUGGUUACUGUCAAGGCGACGAUUAUGUGGUUGGAUUUGGAGACUGCACUGGUAAACUUUUGCCUGCUCUUCAGAUAUAAUUUCUUAUUUCUUGAAUUUUUUUUAAAGUAACAUUCUGCUAAUCAAAACUUUUACAGAGAUAUAUGUUAGAAAUCAGCAAAUUAUUUGUUACCUGCAUUUAUAUAUAUUUGCAUAAUCCUAAUACAUUUUAUAUAUACUUUUGUUUUGUCUGCUUGAAGCAGUUAUUGUUUUAAGAUUUUGAAUUCUAAAUAUUUUUUUACUUUACUAUUUUUAUACUAACAAAUAAAAGAAU